AUUCCCAAACGUCGAACUCCUCCCAUGAUGGCUCCUCGCUCCAGAUCUCCCCGACAACUUCCCAAAACUCAAUGUAUGGGACAGAGCGAUGACACUGUUGUUAGCUCGCACAACGCGCAUACGAUGGCACCCUCCGUAUUCCACACUCCUCCCUUGGAAUUCGAUUCAUGGCCAAACGGCGCAUAUCAAUAUCCUACUUAGUUCCUCACGACAACCCUUUUCAGUUUACCUACCUAGGAGGAGAAACCAGAAUCUUCCAAACAAGAAUGAUCACGAAAAAAGUGCCGAUCCGAGAAUGCGAGAGCUGGGUCGGGCAAUCGAAGAUGAUUUUGCUUCGUUAAGGGAAAAAUAUGGUACGAGUAACCUCAAACCAAUUCCGUCGUCAUAGUAGUUCAUGCACUAACGAAACUAUCACAGCAACACCCAAACAUCCCAUCGUCCUUGCACAUGGCCUCCUAGGAUUCGACGAACUCAGACUGGCAGGGAAAUACUUUCGAGGCGUGCAAUACUGGCGGGGAAUCACUGAUGCACUUCGUGCCAAUGGCGUAGAAAUUAUCAUUGCCCAGGUCCCCCCAUCUGCCAGUAUCGAGGAGCGAGCAGCCAAACUGAGUCAUGAUAUUGCGGCCAAGGCAAAUGGCAAAAGCGUCAACAUUAUCGCACAUAGUAUGGGCGGACUGGAUGCUCGAUACAUGAUAUCUCAACUCCAACCAGAAAAUGUCAAUGUGCUCUCACUCACCACAAUUGCUUCCCCGCAUCGAGGAUCCUCAUUCGCAGAUUUUGUAAUCGAUGAAAUUGGUCCGGCUCAUCUCCCUAGGAUAUACGAUUGGUGCCAGCGUUUUGGCAUUGGUACUGGGGCAUUUCAACAGCUAACGAAGAGGUACAUGCUGGAAGAAUUCAACCCAAAAACACCUGACGAUACAACUGUGAGAUAUUUUUCGUAUGGCGCUACUGCCGACCCUGGUGUUUUGAGUCCAUUUCGGUAUUCUCAUGGAAUUGUAAAUACUGCGGAGGGCCCAAAUGAUGGCUUGGUCAGUGUGGAGAGUGCAAUGUGGGGUACAUAUAAGGGAACAUUGGUCGGAGUUAGUCAUUUGGAUUUGAUAAAUUGGACAAAUCGGCUUCAGUACUGGGCUCUGAAGGUUGUUGGAGUUGAGAGAAAGUAAGUUUUACGAAGGAAGACUCAGUGCCGCUAACUGGUUCCUAACCUUUUUUUUAAGGUUCAACGCCAUCGCGUUUUACCUUGAUAUUGCUGAUAUGCUUGCCAAGGAGGACUUGUAAACAAAAGGAGGUACGGAGCUAGAAAAACGCUCUACUUAGAUGGGUUUACAGAACGAAAUAAGAUACGUCACACCUCUUCACA